AUGAGGAACGAAUUGAGGAACGAGCUGCGUGAGUUCCAAGGGGCGAUGAUGCAAACGCUGAGGGCUCAUAUCCCGCUUCCACCACCGGCGGGGGAACUGGAGCCAAGGGGGGAGGACUUACCUCCACCACCACAUGUGGACCCAAUGGUCAGGGAGUAUCUUCCUAUCAUCCGGGAAUUGCGAGCCAUGCAUACUCCGCGUUUCGAAGGCUCACUGAGUCCGGAAGCUGCAGAAGAGUGGUUAACUACCAUUACUCGAGACUUGGAAUAUGUCCUAUGCCCUCAUCGCCACCGAACUAUGAUAGCGAGCCAUCACCUGGCAGGGCAGGCUCGACACUGGUGGGAGAAGGUGGUGCAGGAAAUGCCUGAGGGGCACUGCUUUACCUGGGAGGAGUUCAAGGGGGAAUUGGAACACAAAUACUACAACCACCAGGACCAGGAACACCGCUUUAUGGAAUUCUUGCAGCUGCAGCAAGGGAACAUGACAGUUCGCGAAUACGAAGCGGAGUUCACUUGUUUGCUGACCUAUGCAGGACAUCUGGUACCUACGGAAAGCAAAAAGAUCCAGAAGUUCAUUGCCGGACUACGACCCUAUCUUCACAGGAAGAUAGAACUCCACGAGUACCCCACGCUCAGUCGCUACAUCAGCCAGCUGGUGAAGGCAGAGCGAGGAGAAAGGGAAGAGAAGGAGGAGCGCAUCCGAGAUCGGAGCCCUAUCAGGCGAUUCUCCAACACCCGACCUCCGGGAAAGACCAGCCAGGUAGGUCAGAGCAGCCAGUCACGGGACAAGGGGAAAGCACCUGCUAGUGGUGCGCUACCGCUGCCACCACCACCUUACCGGGGACCACUGACCUGUUUUCGAUGCCAACAGCCGGGACACUUUGCGGCCAAUUGCAUCGCACCUACAGAUGCAUUGCCUGUAGCCAGACAGCCGCGACCACCAUCGAGGGCUGGAGCAGCUCCGAGAGUUUAUGCUCUUGAGGCUGAGACAGAGGCAUAG